ACUCCGAAGUAGUUUGGGAAGAAGCGCGGUUCUAUGUUUUUUUCGAAACUUUUACUUUUAUCUGUGAGGGAUUAUUAGUAUUUGUGGUUAUCGUGUUACUGUGUCACAAUAUUAUUAGUAUGAGGAAGAGAGAAGGAACAGCGUUAAAGUAUUAACGAAUAUAGCUUCACAUAGUCAAACUUUACUGCAAUGUGUUCAUUUCGUCAAGUUGAUGAACGACAUGUCCCAUCAGAAGCUACUCAGAUGGUGUGGUCUCCAACAAUGGACCUCAUUGCCUUAGCUACAAUGCAAGGUGAAGUUUUGUUACAUCGUUUGUCUUGGAAAAAAGUGUGGUCUCUGGCUCCACCAAAAGGAAAAGAUAAUACUGUCAAAGUACAGGUGCUGGUUUGGAGACCAGAUGGGAAAGUUCUAGCAGUGGCUUAUGACACAGGGACUGUAUUGCUGUGUGAUGUAGAGAAUUCUGAUGUCUUGCACAAAAUUGAUGUUGCAUCGAGUAUAUUGUGUAUGGCGUGGGUGCAGAAGCAUGAGCAGCAUGAAAGAGAACAGCUGUGUUAUACUGAUAGAUCCUAUCAGUAUCUUCCAAAGUUACCUUCUUUAACCAAAAGCUACUGCUCUGUAAGUAAAAAUGCAGAAGAUUCUGUUGAAGACAGCAAGAAACUAAGGAACCAAACAAAUCUCAAUAUUCUAUUAAUUGGAACAAUAACUGGAAAUGUUUUACUAAAUGCUUUUGGUGUUUAUCCUUGUGGAAAGUUAUUAGUAAAGUUUGAAGACAAACAUCAAAAUUAUGUGCCCAUAGUGUGUUGUAGUCUGUCAGAGGAUUUCAGCAUAUUGUCAGUCAUAGCAGGUCGUAAAAUGGAAGAUGAACAAACUGUUUACAGUUUACUGAUCUACAGUGUUCCAAUGCUUCAGCAGUACCAUGAAGAACUACAAAUUAUUGCCUUAAAAUAUGGUCAGAUAGCUUGUUUACGGAACUAUUUAUCAUGCACAAUUCAAGCAAUUGAAGAAGCAUGGGAAGAUAUUCUUCUGGAAAUUGACUCUAAGUUGAUGACCUAUGCUGAAGAAAAACAAAGAGUAUCCUCUGGAACAGUGAGUGAUGGUUUUUUAGAACUGCUUAUGUUUGGGACACCAUCAGAUGUAUUAGAAAAAUUCCUUUUGCAUGAUUUAACAGAAUCAGGAUUGAAAAAAUUAGGUCAUUCAAUUGAGUUGUCUUACUCAAAUAUUCAAAAACUUGUGUUAAAGAAUUUACAGUGUGUAGCACAAGCCAUAUACUAUCAUCUUAAUGACAUGAAAGGCAUGGCUCUAUGGGAGAGUAGAUUUGGUGCUUUAGGAUUGUCCAUAGAAGUGGUGAAAUUGGCUGUUAUGAGCACUGGCUCAUUCUUGAUGAAAGCUACCGAGAUCCAACAAGUAAUUGAUAAUAGUAUGAAAAAGUUCAAAGCUUUCUUCAGGUGGCUUUACACAGUUAUAUUGAGACUUUCUGAUGAACCGAUUCCACCUGAGAUAACAAAGGUAACACAACAAGACUUGAACUUUGUUGCAGACUUUCUGAAAGAGAAUUUUGCUAGUGAAUGGGAUCAAGAGAAAAAGUCUACCUUCAGUCUAGAGCGAGUAGGUCAAUAUCUUAAGAUGGAAAAAUUGACCUUCACCCAAAAUUUGAAAGACAACCCCUGGAUUACUUUUCUUGAGGCACAUCCACAGUUUAAUGAAAAUGGCAUGCUCUUUAACCAUUAUCCUGAAAAGUCCUUAGUUCAACAGCAAGUAGAGUUAGAGAAAGCAGUGGAUGAUGCAUUUCAAGGACCAUUUAAUGUCAUAGGUGACAGUUUUGUAAUUAGUGAAAAAAUAUCAUUAUUCUCUUGUAAGACAGAUUUUAACUUAAAAACUUCUUAUGUGACAAACAUAAAAACAUCAUCAUUUUAUAUAGUGUUCAUAGCAGAUAAAGUCCCGAGUUCUUGUAUGUACAUUGUUCGAGAACCCCUUGGUGUGUCUUCAUGUCUUGAAGCAGUUUGUGUUUGUUUUGGUGAAAUUGGUAAUGAAUAUACUGAAUCUAAUGAAGGCACCUCCACCAUAGUAGAGUCUCCUAAGAAACACAGAAUUCUUGAUGUUCAGUUUUACAAUGAUGACAUUUUAUCAGUGUUACUGGUAGAAAAUCAGGAUGAGAUUCCAGAUCGAGGUAUACCCAUCCUUGUACAAUUUCCACUGAAGAAUGUUGCUCAUGAAUUUCAACCAAUUGACACUCAAAAGAAUGUAGACCUGGUAAGUGGGUUGAGAAGUAUUAUUGAUGGAGCCAACUGCUUAGAUAAGAUGAAUUAUCGAUAUUUAGAAAGCAUGCGAGCAUUGCAGUUUGCCGUUAGUGGAUCAAGAAAGGUCGCAUGUGUGCUUUUUAGUUCCCGACGUAGAGUGAGGCUUUUUGAAAUGGAUGUUGAAGAUGAAGAAGAAGACCAAGAUGACACAUGUCUAGAUGAAAGUGCAACAAGAGAGUUUCCAGAAAGAGAAGAAUCGGGCAUAAUAGCAACUAAUGAAACCAUUGGUGAGGAUGAUAAAGAAAAUAGUUUUGAUUAAUGGUUAUUUCAUUUUGGAAAUAAGAUGUAUACAUGUAUGUAAAGUUGAGUAAAAAUUUCCUAAUUGAUUAUUUUAUUUGUUUAUAAACUGAUAU